GUCGUGCAGUUUACAAGGCAUUUCGUGAGGCUGGUCACGAAGUAACUGGCCUUGCUAAGAGCCGUGCGAAAAAUGGGUUGAGACAGUUUGAUCUAACCAACAAAGAUAAAUUGGACGCAUUGAUUCAAGAGUUAGAGCCCGAUGUAAUCAUUCAUACUGCAGCCGAGCGAAGACCCGAUGUAGCAGAAAAAAAUCGUGAAGCAACCUUCGAACUUAAUGUCAACGUUCCAGCUCACAUUGCGUCAUUGUCCAAGGCCUACAAUGUUUUAUUCAUUCAAAUUUCCACGGAUUAUGUAUUUGAUGGAAAAAACCCACCUUAUGACGUGAACGAUAAGCCAAAUCCAUUGAAUUUUUAUGGAGAAACAAAAUAUAAAGGUGAACUUGCCGUACAAAAUGCAAACCGACAGGCUGUGAUUUUACGUGUUCCAGUCUUAUAUGGCGAGGUAGAAUUUCCCGGGGAGUCUGCAGUUAAUAUCUUGGUGGAUUCUGUUAAGAAUUCAUCAAAGGAAGUCGAGAUGGAUCACUACGCAAUUAGAUAUCCUACUAAUGGUAAAGAAACAAUAAUUCAGGAUGUAGCAAGAGUUAUUAAGGAUAUCUCUGAAAAACAUAUUGAACAACAUGUUCCAAUUUCUGGAGUUUUACAUUUUAGUGAAGUUUUUUCAAAAAUUUUGCAAGUUCCGAUAAACCAUAUUAAACCAAUUGAACAUGUGCCUGUUGCUUUAGCUGUAAAUCGCCCAUAUGAUUGUCAUUUGUUAAACGAUCAACUUAUUAAUCUAAAGAUUAAUGUAGAUUGUAUUGAGUUUGAAGAUUGGUGGAAAAAAUAUUUAAGCAAUGAUUUUAUUUAA